AUGUCCACAAUCUCCAGUGCCAUUAUCAAGGACCAUCGCGAGCUCAAGCAGUACUACGACGAGGUAGUAAACAAUCCCAGUAAUCAUGACCAUCAGCAGCGAUACGGUAACCAGUUUACCUGGGAGUUGGCGCGCCACUCGGUCGCUGAGGAAUUGGUUGUUUAUCCUGCACUUGAAAAGUAUCUCGGCGAUCGUGGCAAGCAGCUAGCAGACGAGGACCGCCAGGAGCACCAUCAGGUCAAGGAGAUGCUCAAAGUCUUUCAGAGUAUGUCAUCCUCUGAUCCAAGCUACAUUUCCAAGAUCAAGGAAAUUUGGACGUCGCUUGAUGAACACAUCAAGGAAGAGGAGGAACGCGAUCUACCAGCGCUUGAGCAGGCGCUGCAGGCAGCCCAUGGUGAAUCAAAUGCCAUGGCCAGCUCUUUCAGGCGCACAAAGGCAUUUGUUCCGUCACGCAGUCAUCCAAUCGCCGGCGAGAAGCCUCCAUUUGAAACUGUCAUGGGUCUCCUAACAGCUCCAAUCGACCAUGUCGCCGACCUGUUCAGAAAGUUUCCUGAUCAGACUAUCACGCCCAACCCAUCUACCAAAUAG